UUUUACCUUUCUCCUCCGGUUCAAGUCCGCGUUCAUUUCUCUUUCUCUCUCUUCCUUCCACUGUGUGUCGUCGCUCAGAGGUCAAAUAUUUGGCUGUUUUUUCCCUCCUUUUGCUUUCCCUUCUCUCUUCUUCCUCGCCAUGCCUCUCGAUCUGUAAUUCAUUUUCUUCUUUUCUCUUUCUCAAUUCUUAUCCUUAUCUACACACUUCUCUGCUCUCUUUAUCGCACUUCUGGAGCUUCAAGUUCUAGUUUCUCAAGGUAAGAGUUGGUAGGCUAUGGACGGGGGUGCUCCGUACAAUCCACGUACCGUGGAAGAGGUGUUUAGGGAUUUCAAGGGCCGUAGAGCUGGUUUGAUUAAGGCUCUAACUACUGAUGUUGAAGAGUUCUACCAGCAAUGUGAUCCUGAGAAAGAAAAUCUCUGCCUUUACGGAUUUCCUAGUGAGCAGUGGGAAGUCAAUUUACCUGCGGAAGAGGUGCCUCCAGAGCUUCCAGAACCUGCACUGGGUAUAAACUUUGCUAGAGACGGGAUGCAAGAAAAGGAUUGGCUAUCCUUGGUUGCAGUGCAUAGUGAUGUUUGGCUGCUUUCUGUGGCAUUUUAUUUUGGAGCUAGGUUUGGAUUUGAUAAGACAGAUAGGAAGCGUCUAUUUAAUAUGAUAAAUGAUCUUCCAACAAUAUUUGAAGUGGUGACAGGGACAGCCAAAAAACAAGUUAAGGAUAAAUCAUCAGUUUCAAAUCAUAGCAGUAAUAAAUCUAAAUCAAAUCCAAAGCGGAGUUCCGAACCUCAAAUAAAAAGUGCGAAAGCUGUUCAAUCGAAAGACGAGGAUGAGGAAGGCUUGGAAGAGGAAGACGAAGAAGAACAUGGAGAAACACUUUGCGGAGCUUGCGGAGAGAAUUAUGCAUCUGAUGAGUUCUGGAUUUGCUGUGACAUAUGUGAGAAAUGGUUCCAUGGGAAGUGUGUCAAGAUCACUCCGGCAAGGGCAGAGCACAUUAAGCAGUAUAAAUGUCCAUCUUGCAGCAACAAGCGAAUCCGACCCUGAUGUGUUUACACGGCACGCAUGGUGUAGGUAUUUGCAACAACCUCCCCUCCCUCCCCAAACCAAAGGAAAAAAAGGGAAAAAAAAAGAGAGGAAAAUGAACCAAGAGAUAGUCAAAUGUUGCUUCCCUUAGGAUCUCAGUGUAGACCACUAAUUGUGUAUUAGGAUUAGUUUAAACUUUAAAUUAGGACUGUGGUUAGGUUGGAAAUUUACAUUCUAUGUUAUUUGUGGACAAACUCCUUUCUGUUUGUGUAUUGUAUGAACUACUUGUAUUUUGUAUGUGGUAUAAUAUGUUACUGUCAAAAGUUUAUACUUGUCA